AUGGGAUCCCUACCGAAAGGCCCUGUCCCCGGUACAUCCAGGAGCAAGCCCAUCCAGAGCGGCGAAGACAAACUGCAUGACUUGGACCCGGAGAGCUUCAACAUAUGCAAAGAGAGGAUGCGGCCGGUGAAGAAAGCGCUGAAGCAGCUGGUCAAUCCGAAGAGAGGGCUGUCUGAGAAGGAUCAGGUGGAGCACAUCCGGAGGUGCCUCCUGGAGAUCGGUGACCACAUCUCCGAGUGCUUGAAGGCGUUCUCGGAGCAGGAGGAGCUCAAGCUCUGGAGAGGGAACCUCUGGAUCUUUGCCUCCAAGUUCACAGACUGUGAUGCGAGGAAGCUGCACAACCUGUACAAGAGGGUGCACAAGAAGCGGUCCCAGGAGGAGGAGCGGAAACAGCAGAAGAAAGAAGAGGCCACCGGAGCCAAGAAGAUGUCUCGCCCGGAGCACUGCGGGUCCAGCUUGGAUUCCGUUGUGUCUCCCUUGCCCAACGCCACUUCAGCUCCUGCUCCUGCUCCUGCUCCUGCUCCUGCUCCUGCUCCUGCUCCUGCUCCUGCUCCUGCUCCUGCUCCUGCUCCUGCUCCUGCUCCUGCUCCUUCUCCUCCUCCUCCUCUUCCUCCUCCUCCUCCUCCUCCUCCUCCUCCAAAGGUCCAGCAUCCACAGCCCCAUCCUUCUCAGAUACAUGGGCAACAGCGUGACAACUACAGCUACCCGAAGAAAAGGCCUUUCAGUAAUUCGGGUAAGGGACCAAAUGGAAGCUGGCACAACAUGAGACAGCAAAACCAAGCAACUCCCUUUCCUUGGCUCAUGUAUAAGUCUAUAAAUCUAAUCACGUGGCUCCCAAAGCUCUUGGCUUUACCGAAGAGUUUCCCUUUUCUUUCCUGUAGACCGAAGCGACUUGCAGCGGGAGCGCAAGCUCAGCUACGGCGGCAACGCCAGCACAGGCACAAGGAGCACCACGAUGGAGACCGCCGCCCACGCGAGGAACCUCAUUGCAGCUCGGAGAGCUACCAGCCCAAGACCCCCUCUCGCAAGCGGCCCCAUGAGCAGGACAACAGUGACCGGGACCACCGGGGCCACCGUGACUCCUAUGACCGGCACCACCAUAAUCCCAAGCGGCGAAGAACCGAAGAGAUCCGUCCUCACCAGCAAGAAUUCAGGCGGAUGUCGGACCCCAUCGGCUACCACGGCCAGGGGCCUUCAGACCACCACCGCUCUUUCCGCCCGGAGAAGUCUGGUGAUUCUAAGAUGUCCUCUGCUCCUCCCUCCAAGUACUACGAUCCUCGCUCCCCACAUGCACAGAAAGCCCCACAUGAAGCCAUGUCUGUCUUUGAACACCGGUCCCCCCUGCAAGGGUUAUAUAGGGAUCAGAAGAUCAGUCCUGGAUAUAACUGGCGCAGCCGGAAGACAUAA